GGCUCAAGCAAUGAUAGUCACUGGGCAAGCGUGGGCAGACAUCCCGAAGCCUCAGGGAAGAUGUCGUACAUGUCGGAACUUGUGGACAUGUCCCACACUGCCAGCUCGUGCCGUGACGAGCAGGUGGAGGAGAUGAAGGGUCUCAAGUCGACGAGCAGCUCUGUCUUCCUGCUGAGCGCCAUGUCCCUCGGGGUGGGCGUCUUUUCGCUGCCAACAGUGAUGAACGCAGUCGGGUGGGUAUGGGGAAUGGGCCUGUGCUGCUACUUUGGCGUGAUAUCGACCUUCCUCAUGCUGAUUCUGUUGGAUAUCGUGAAGCAUCACAAUAGCAAGACAUGGGAGGAGCUUUGCCGCCUUGCCCCUGUGGCGCGCCUUGUCAGCCGGAUCAGCCUCUUCCUCUCCCUGCUGAUGGCGAACGCCGCCCACAUGCAGACCGUUGCAGGAAUGCUCUUUGACCUCUUGACGUUCUUUGUCACGGAUGACUACGGCCAGUACGUGUUUGGCAUGUGGCAGAAGGUGACCUUGCUUCUUAUCUUCCUCGGCCUGGCCACCCCAUUCUGCUUCACUGACGAUCUGGCUGCCCUGCGCCACGUGGGCAGCAGCGUCGCCAUCGUCGUAGUGCUGCUCUGUGCCGCUGUUGUGGUUUCUUCUUGCGUAACCAUUGCGCAAGGUGAAGGACUGCCCGGGGGCGAAACGCCAGCUGCAGUGACGGACUUCAAGCUGCUGCUGUCAAAUGCUCCUAACGUGUGCUUCGCGUUUACCGGCAUGCUGAAUUUCUGGGAAGUCUUUGCCUCCCUGAAGAAGGGCGUGGGGGUUGACGAGGCUUUUCCACGCAUGAGGAAGGCUUGUAUCCUCUCUUCUAUGCUAGUGCUGAUAGUCUACUUGUUGGUGUCGGGCAGCUCAGUUCUGGCCUUUGGCGAACUCGCCGGCAAGCAGCACAAGGGCAACGGCUACGGGAACGUACUGUACAACUUCCCAAUAAAGAACUACCCUGUGACGCUUUUGUGCGCUGCGUUGGUGGUUGUGAUCGUCCUCGAGUAUCCAGUCAUCAACUUCCCUUUGGUCAGCAUGAUGUUGAACAUUCAGAGCUUGGGUUUGAAGAAUCGGGUCUACUCGCGCCACUUUCUCAGCCUCGGCGGGAUGCUCAUCGUGAUCCUGCUCGACCUGGCAGUGCCUGACUUGCCUGACGUGUUCGGCCUGUGCGGCUCCCUUGGCCUCAGCCUUUUCUGUUACGCAGUGCCUGGCUACAUUUGCAUGCUGGCGGGCCGGGGCCCUCUCUCAAAGAUGGUGGGAGCUUUGUCGCUGGCAACAGGCCUUGCCAUGACUUUGGGGGGCACGUACUUCAUCCUGGAAAGGAUUAUCAAGAGCCACCACUGAAAUUUGAAGCUCCGAAGGAGCACAUUGGUUUAAUAUCCCCUGCGGCUACCAGGGCCGGGGUGUUGGAGUGUGCAGAUGUGCUUCAACGAACAAACA